AUGCUUAUGGGUGCGGGACGAGACACGGCGCGGGAUGAGGCCCAGAAGCUUCACAGGAAGUGGCUGAAGCACCAGGCCUUCAUGGCCGAGCUGGCCCGCAACAAAGAAUGGCUGGCCAAGAUAGAGCAGGAGGGCCAGGAGCUGAUCGAUGAGAAGCCUGAGCUGCGUUCGGUGGUGCAGCAGAAGCUGGAGGAGAUCAGGGAGUGCUGGACGGACCUGGAGAGCACCACCAAGGCCAAGGCCCGGGCUCUGUUUGAGAACAACAAGCCAGAGCCGGUGGUGAAGAGCUACUCAGACCUGGACCACCAGCUCUCUGGCCUGGAGAAACAGCCCCCCCAGCUGGAGCAGGCUCAUCACCUACCCACAUUCAACGAGCAGCUGCAUAAAUUUCAGUCUCAGAUGGGGAACUUGUACAAGGACGUUGGGGAACUAGGGUCCCUCCAGGGGGUGUGCCUCCCCCAGCGAGGCAGCCUGGUGAAGGGUGGGGAGGGAGAAGGGGGCGAGCAGCCAGCCGUAGUAGAGACCCGCAUCGUGCGCCUCAUCGAGCCCCUGAAGGAGAGGCGACGCAUCCUGCUGGCCUCCAAAGAGAUGCACCAGGUCGCCCAGGACCUGGAGGAAGAGAUACUGUGGAUCCAGGAGCGGCUUCCUCUGGCCUCCUCUAAGGAUUACGGCAACAACCUGCAGAGUGUUCAGCAGCAUGUCAAGAUCAACCAGACACUGCAGAGGGAUCUGCAGGGGCGCCAAGCACGGGUGGAGGAGGUGUUGGACCGGGCGGGGAUCAUCGCCUCUCUGCGGACCCCUGAGGUUGACUUUGUGCGUGAGGGGGCGGGGCAUGUGCGUCAGGUGUGGGAGGUGCUGAGGCUGGAGGCGGAGAGGAGGUCUGUGAUGCUGGAUGUGGUGCUGCAGGCCCAGCAGUACUACAGCGAGGCAGCCAAGGUGGAGUCCUGGCUGGCAGGCCAGAAACUGCACCUCAUCAAUGAGGAGAAGGGCACGGACGAGGAGAGCACCCUGCAGCUGCUGAAGGAGCACCUGGCCUUGGAGGCGACACUGGAGAACUACGCUGAGACAGUGGGCAUGCUCUCCCAGCAGUGUCAGCGACAGCUGGAGCUUGGGCACCCAGACAGUGAGGGGAUCACCAAGCAGCAGUCCCACAUAGACCGUCUGUAUGUGUCUCUGAAGGACAUGGUGGAGCACAGGAAGACCAAGCUGGAGCAGCAGUACUGGAUGUACCAGCUCAACAGAGAGGUGGAGGAGUUAGAGAAGUGGAUCACUGAGAGGGAGGCCGUUGCCAGCUCCACUGAGCUGGGUCAAGACCUGGAGCAUGUCACGAUGCUACAGGAAAAAUUCACCAAGUUCUGCUCAGAGACCAACAGCAUAGGCCAGCAGAGGAUGGAGCAGGUGAAUAAGAUGGUGAAUGAGAUGAUAGACUGUGGCCACACGGACGCGGCCACCAUAGCUGAGUGGAAGGACGGACUGAACGAGUCAUGGGCCGACCUACUGGAGCUCAUGGAGACCCGAAGACAGAUGCUGGCAGCAUCACACCAGCUGCACAAGUUCUUCACCGACUGCAAAGAGGUCUUGGCUCAGACUGCGGGGAAGAUGAGGCAGUUGCCAGAGGUGAGGGCGUGCCAAGCCAGCAUCGCCAACCCUGCCACCCUGCAGAGGCUCAUGCUCUCCUUCGAGCACGCCCUCCAGCUGCUCGUCUCACAGGUAAGGCAGCUGCAGGAAAAUGCGGCCCAGCUGAGGACCAUCUAUGCCGGAGAGAAGGCUGAGGCCAUCAUGAGCAAAGAGCAGGAAGUGAUGUCAGCAUGGAAGGAGUUACUGGUUUCCUGUGAGGCCAGUCGUGUGCAGGUCACCUCGGUGACAGACAAGGUGCAGUUCUUCUCGGUGGUGCGCGAGCAGCUCAUGUGGAUGGAGGGCAUCAUGGGGCAGAUUGGAGGGGACGACCCCAGGGACUCGUCUUCUGCAGAGGUGAUGAUGAAACAGCAUGGUGAGCUGAAAGCCAAGAUGGAUGGCCGUAGGAAGACAAUACAGCAAUGUGUGGAGCUGGGAAAGAUCCUGCUGGCCGCAGGCAACCCAGCCUCUGAGGAGAUAAAGGAGAAGUUGGAUGCGCUCCUGGCUAAGCAGAAGGAUCUCUCUGAGAGAUGGGACAAACAGCAGGAGAAGCUGCAGCGCAAGAAGGAUCAGUUCCAGUAUGCCCAGGAGACGGUGAAGGCGGAGGCCUGGCUGAAGGCCAAGGAGCCCCUGAUUAGCUCCAGAGAUGCCCAGGCCCAGACUGAUGAGGUGGAGCAACUCAUCCUCCGCCACGAGGCCUUCCGCAAUGCUGCAGCCACCUGGAAGGAGCGCUUCAGCUCACUGAGACAGCUCUCCAAUGCAGAGAAGCUGAGAGAAGAACAGAGCAGCAAGCCUUCCCCAAUGCCACUCUCCAGUCGGAGGAUGUUCCCAUCAUCCUGUCUCACUCCGACCGUUCCUCUUGCUACCUCAACUCUGCUGAGACAGACGGUCCAGGUGCAUAUUGAGCCCAGGCCCAAGCAGACCAGUCUGGAGAUGUCUGCCUCUGCCUCCUCUGCAGCCCAAAGGUUGGGUUCUACCAUAGCCAGCUACGCUCCUGUCAUAAAUGGCUCUGGUUACCAUGGACUGGACCAUCAGAGCAUCAGCGGGGGAUUGGAGAGUUCCAACUACCCUGGACUGAACCAUCCGGGCGGUGGAGGAGUGGACAGCAGCUCUAGUUACCUUGGAGGGAACCAUCAGACUGGCCCCCCGCCAGUGGAUAGUUCUGGCUACCUUGGACUGAACCAUCAAAGCAGUGGGGGUAUGCAUCUGAAAGCUGACUGCAUGCAGCCCAGGAUCAACCACAUGCAAAAAGCUGUCAACCCCCUCCUGGAGGCCAGCAGGGCGCAGAGGGAACAGUUUGGGGACAUCCCCAUGGUGGACAUGAUCGGGCCAGAGUCUGGCCUGGAUCUCCUCCACGGCAGGCUCCAGAGGGACCCCCGCGGCAGCCGCUCAGACCCCCAGAUGGACCACCUGCGGCGGGAGAGGGAGUACAAGCUAGGUCGGCAGACCUCCAGCGAACAGGAGAUUCAGGCGCGGCUCAACGAGCUGCCAAUGAUUGUGCGCCAGGAGCGCUAUAGGCGACGCCUGGAGAGGCAGUCGUCCAGCGAGCAGGAGGGCAGUGGGAAGGCGAGGACACCGAGGCAGGACGACUCCAGCGACAUGGAGUCAGCCAAGGAAGGCUCCGACAAGCGCUCAACAGAGAAGAGAGCCACCACCAUGGCUGAGAUUGUGGAGCAGGCCCAGGAGAGAGAGGCAGCACAAGCUCGAGGGGAGACGUACCGCCCCACCAGCAGCCUCUCAGCACCUGUGACCUACGAGCGCCCGCGCGCCCGAGACCGCCCCAAACCCCGCAGGAGACCCCGUCCCAAAGAGCCUGAGGAGAAGCGACGCUCUCGCUCGGCUCCGGCCCAGAGUCCGGCACAACUUCUGCCGCCCUCACACACUGCCCAUAACGAAGGCUUCCUGUACCGCAAACACGACUUUGAGGGCCACCAGAAGAGUCCCAGCAGUAAGUCCUGGGUGAAUUUGUAUUGCGUGUUGUCAAAGGGAGGGAUCACUUUCUACAAGGACGCCAAGAGCACCACCACACCUUACAAUGAAGAAACCCCACUCGACCUGAGCGUCUGUAUAUGUGAUAGCACCAUAGGAUACAAGAAGAAGAAAAAUGUCUUCGUUAUCAAGAAAAAUGAUGGCAAUGACUAUAUUUUCCAUGCAAAGGAUGAGGAGGACCUGAAGGCUUGGGUCACUAACAUCACCACCAGUAUAACUGAACACGAGGAGAUUGCCAAGUGGGACAAGCCCACCACCUCGUCCACAGAUCCCGACCGCUCGGAGAGGAAGGAGAAGUCUGAGGGCGACGCAGACGCCAGGUCAGAGAGGUCUGAGAUGGGAGGAGAGGUGGAGGAGGAGGAGAGGUCAGAGAAAGAGAGGUCUGAGAAGGGAGAGGGGUCCAAGAAGACGGGAGAAGGCUCAGAGAAAGCAGACACGUCGGAGACGGGUGAGAGGGCAGAGGGAGGGGCAGGGGGCUCCAGCACGUCAGGGAAGAGCAAAUGA